AUGUCAAUUACUGCCAUCUUUUCGACACUCUCCUUGCCACAGACCUUUGGGUUGGCUCUGAUUGGCGGGUUCAUUGCUGCCUCCGUGAUCUACUUCUUUACGGUUCCAAAUGUAAUUAAGGAUAAAAGAAGAAGACACUUGCCUCCUGGACCACAAGGGCUACCCUUCAUUGGCAACCUGUUGGAUCUGGCUGAUUCUGACUUGGUCAGAGGAAAAGUACAGAACUGGGCUCGGCAGUAUGGAGAAAUAUUCUACACCAAAAUUGGCGGCACAGAUUAUGUCUGGCUUUCGUCGCCCAAAGUAAUCAAGGAUCUCAUGGAUAAGAAAUCGGCCAUCUACAGCUCAAGAGCACCUAUGCCACUUGCGCAAGAUGUUGCCAGCGCAGGACGACGCCAGCUAUUCAUGCCCUACGGACCUCAAUGGCGAUCACUCAGAAAAACAUCCCAUGCGUUGUUGAAUGCCUCCAGCGCAAUCAAAUAUCAGCCAAUUCAAGACUACGAGUCGAAGCAGAUGAUGGUGGAGCUCCUUGACUCGCCAGAACAAUUCUACCAGCACAGUAGACGUUAUUCUGCUUCUGUCAUCAUGUUGGUAACUUACGGAUACCGUCUGCCAAGCUGGGAGCAUCCCCUUAUGAAGAAGAUCUAUACUGUGUUGGACAACUUGACUGAGAUGACCGCACCUGGAGCCCACGCGGUCGACAGCUUUCCUUCUUUGACGUUCCUACCUCAAAUGCUACUCGGGAACUGGCGAACAUUCGGGAAAAAGGUGUUUGCUCACGAUAGCAAAGUUUAUAUGGACCUUUGGGAGAACCUCAAAAAGGAAGUUGAUGACGGUACCGCCAAAAACUGCUUUUGCAAGAGCUUCUACGAGAAUAAUCCGGCAAAGCAGGGCAUUGACGAUUUGCUGGCGGCUUACACUUGCGGUGGCCUGGUUGAAGCGGGAGCCGAGACAACGAGCACCACACUCAACAACUUCAUGCUUGCAAUGACAUUGUUUCCUGAAACUGCCAAAAAAGCCCAGGAAGAAUUAGAUCGAGUAAUAGGCUCCGAGCGCAUGCCCGACUUUGAAGAUGAGAAACAGCUACCAUAUAUUAGAUCUAUGAUCAAAGAAACCUUGCGCUGGCGUGCAGUAAACAAGUUUGGAAUGACGCAUGCAACGAGCGAAGACGACUGGUAUGAGGGACAUUUUAUACCUAAAGGCACUGUAGCUGUGCUAAACUGGUGGGCAAUUCAUAUGGACCCGGAGCUGCAUGAGAAUCCAGCCGAAUAUCAACCAGAAAGAUACCUCAAAAAGUCUCUUCCAGCGGCAGACUACAUCAAUUCAAACGACCCAUACGAGAGAGAUCACUUCACAUAUGGUGCUGGAAGAAGAGUAUGUCCUGGAGUACACGUUGCUGAGAGAAGUUUGUUCAUCGGCGUUGCGCGCACUCUUUGGGGUUUUAAUAUCAGCAAGGUAAAGGGUGCAAACGGUGAUUUCAUUGAGCCAGAGACUGGUAUGGUUCGAGGGUUUUUGAGUGUCCCAAAACCUUUUGAGUGCGAGAUUAACCCUCGAUCUGCUAAACACGCCAAGAUCAUAAGAGAAACUUUCAGGGAGGCUGAGAAGGCGGGAAUUUAG